AUCAUAACUACAAUAAAAACUUUUUUUUACUCACUAAAUUUCCUUUAUAUCUCAAACAACAAAUUAAUUAAAAAAAAACAUGUCUUGCUGUGGAGGAAGUUGUGGUUGUGGAUCUGGCUGCAAGUGUGGCAGUGGCUGUGGAGGAUGUGGUAUGUACCCGGAUAUGGAGAAGUCCACUACCUUUACCAUCAUUGAAGGUGUUGCACCUAUCAACAAUUAUGGAAAUGUUGAGGAGAAAGCAGCUGGAGAAGGAUGCAAAUGUGGAUCAAACUGCACUUGUGACCCUUGCAAUUGCUAAGUUGAUAUAUUCCAUGUGUGUCUCUAUUAAAAUUUAAAACUAUGCUUUUAUAAUUUUCUGUAAUAAUAAUGAUAAGACUACGUGUCUUUCUCUAAUUGGUAUAUUUCUGGAGUGUGAUUUGAGGUUGUAACAAAAAUGCAUUAUUUAUCACAUCAUCUAUAUAUACCAUUUAAGUUUGUUUAAUUUGUAGUUGUUUCUGAAAU